CGCAGGGCCUAUACCGGCGCCAGACGCACGAGCAGCACAGGUAGAGCAGAGCACAAGGUUCCACGCUGCGUAGACUAUAGGGCACAGGUACGUGUGUGCUCACACACCCGUUGGAUAGCCCUGGCCCUCAGCAGUCAUGAAUCGAGAAGAGCACUACUAUUCCCCGGCGCAGCUGUUCAAAGACUCCUGCGCCUACCAGAGACCCCACAGCGAGGACUUCAGCCACAGCCCUCCGCCCUGCCUCUACAUGGGCCGGCAGGCUCAGUCCGUCUGCUCAUCGCCUUCCAUCGGAGGGCUAGACCAGACGAGUCUCCCUGACAUUGCUCCGUACAGUAUGCCCAUGCGAGAGGACCCAGGUGUGCCGCAGCUCCACCACCCCCAGGCGCCCCAGCAGACUCUCCAACCGGGGGGUUACGGAGACCCGGGGGAGCAGGCUCUGUGUGCGGAUAGGAACAGAUACCACCUGCCUUUCCCCUGGAUGAAAAGCACCAAGUCUCACGUGCAAACCUGGAAGGGACAGUGGGCAGGCCACUACAUGGAGGCAGAGGAGAACAAGCGGACAAGGACUGCCUACACGCGAGCCCAGCUCCUGGAGCUGGAGAAGGAGUUCCUGUUCAACAAGUACAUUAGCAGGCCGCGACGUGUAGAGCUGGCCAUCACCCUCAGCCUCACAGAGAGACACAUCAAGAUCUGGUUCCAGAACCGACGGAUGAAGUGGAAGAAGGAGGAGGACAAGAAGAGGGUGAGGGGGGUCAACCCCGAGCAGGACUCGUCCAUUACGUCAGGAGACCUGAAGGAUGAGGCAGGGUUGGGGGGCGGGGGGGCUGGGCUGGGGGUCGGGGGGACAGGGAUGGGGGUCGGGGGGGCAGGGACUCCCACACCGGUACCUCUCAUCACCACCACACCCCCCUCGCCCCUACACUCCCACUCCCUGUCAGGUUCUAGAGACUCAGCCUAG